GUUGAUAAUAAUAAUAAAUUAUAAAAAGAUGAAAUACCAAACCUUCUUCCUCAUUGCUCUCUUGAUGAUGGCCUUUGCCACCCAAGCUCAAGCUAGAGACUUAUCAAUUGAUGGUUUGAAGCAAGACAUGGCUGCUUGUGCUCAUGAUCUCUAUGAAGGUGCUAUGCUUUUGUACAAAUGCUACAACCUCAUUAAGGAUGAGAAGUUCGGAGAGAUGAUCUUCUUGUUCCCACAAUUCCAGAUCUUAGGUCCAAAGAUUAUGACAGACUGUAUGCCAGAAGAAGCAUUAUAAUUUCUUACUAUAAGAUCUUUGCUUUAUACCUUA